CUCCAUUUCCCUGUUCCCUACUUUCUCAAUGGGUUUACCUUCUUCUCUUGUCUGAGCAGAAAUGGAAACAUUCGAAACUGGAAAGGAAGCUUUAGUGGCUCACGGAGAUGAAAACGAAAGAGAUAAAGAUGAUCUGUUAGGCCUACCUCCAGGCUUUAGGUUCCACCCUACGGAUGAAGAGAUCAUCCUGCACUACCUCUUACACAAGGUCUCCAACAAUGGUUUCGUCGCUAUAGCCAUCGGAGAAGUCGAUCUUAACAAGGUUGAACCUUGGGAUUUACCUAAGAAAGCGAAGAUGGGGGAGAAAGAAUGGUGGUUUUUCUGUCAGAGAGACCGGAAGUAUCCGACGGGGAUGAGGACUAACCGGGCAACAGAAUCCGGUUACUGGAAGGCUACCGGAAAAGACAAGGAGAUCUUCAAGGGAAAGAGUAACUCUCUUAUUGGGAUGAAGAAGACUCUUGUUUUCUACAGAGGUAGAGCUCCCAAAGGUGAAAAAUCUAACUGGGUUAUGCAUGAGUUUAGACUUGAAGGUGAAUUCUCUUACAAUAAAACAAUCAGGCAGGAUGCAGAAUGGGUGGUGAGUAGAGUGUUCCACAAGAGCGUGGCAGUGGUGAGAGGAAUCCCAAUGGAGAAUAAUGAUAAUGAUUCAUUUGUGGACAAUCUGAUGAUUCAUAGUCCUUCAGCGGCGGCGCCAACAACAACGUUGCCAUCUUUGAAGGAUUUGUCUCCUGCUUUCAAUCAACACUACUUUCUUGAAAAUGAUGAUAAUCAUCAAGACUUCAAACCCAGACCAGUAAUGGCGGCGGCGGCAUCCUCAUCCUCCUCACAUGGAAAGUCUCCGUAUUUCCCCAUGCUGCACUCAAACUACAAAUUCAGUCUCCUCAGCUCUGCUAAUCCAGCGCCGCCCGCCGCCGUUUUAUACCCUCAGAACCUCCCAGCUCCGACGGGUGGCUUCGCCAGCGACGGCCUCUUCUACUCGGCUUUCAUGGACAACGCUACUGUUGCGAAGCAGCAGGUGAACACUCCCGCGUUGAAAGUGGAACAGACAUCGUACAACAACGUCAGCGGGUCGCAGGAGACGGGGCUCAGCAUGGAGGUGAUGGCGGCCAACACAGAGACAACCUCGGCGCUGUCCAAGUUGAAGCAGAUAAUCGUCGCCGAUGAUCAGAGCAGCCCUAGGCCGUUCGAUGAUCUGGACACCGACCCAAGCUAUCACGACGGCGACAUGGACGACGAUCUCGAUCCUUACUCAUUUUGGGACGACGAUCUCCACUACGGCCCUGAAGAUCCAUGAAGAAUACAAUAGAAUUACCGGCCAACGCAUACAGACAACAAAAAACAAAAAAUAAAAAUCAGUGCUGUUAAUUAAUUAAUUCAUACAUGUUUCAAAAAAAAUAAAAAAUAAAAAAAUUCAGACAUUGUACGUACAUAGGUGGUAGUUAUUCUCAAUUAUUCGUUUAAUUUUUCAAAGAUGGAAAAUGAUUUAUUUUCGACCUACUCGCUGCAUAUAUAAUUAUGCUUGUGU